AUGGCUUGGGGUGAUCUUCCAGCGGAGGCCAGAACAUUGGAUCCCUUGAGUGACGAUUUACGACACGGAUUGACGGCUGUUACGGUCCUUGCAUUCAUCUCAUUCUUUUCCGCCAGCAUUCUCUUCUUUUAUCUCGUUUACAAACUUACGACAUGGAGUCUUUUCAUCAAAUCACAGUCCGACGGGCAGUUUCAUCAACAAUCGGGGUCUAUUCAGCGAGCGAUCGACGUUACACUGGGUAUUGAUGGCAUCUUCUCCGACAACAAUGGUGAAGCCGGGAAGAAGGACGAUGGCGAUGCAGGACCUCGACAACCGAAUCAGUUUCUCGUGCUCAUCAUCAACUUGCUUCUCGCCGAUAUGCACCAAGGUGUGGCUUUCCUUCUUAAUGCCGCAUGGUUGCGAUACGAUGCGAUUCUUGUCGACACGGCGACUUGCUAUACACAGGGCCUUUUCGUGUCGCUCGGAGAUUUGGCUUCGAGUAUGUUCAUCACUGCGAUUGCUAUACAUACAUACAUGGCUGUUGUCAGAGGAAUACAGACACCACAGAAGGUUCUGUAUGGUGCUAUCGUCGCGAUUUGGAUAUUUGUUUAUGCGAUUUCGUUCAUACCGAUUGCAACCACGCGAAACGGAGCUGAGUUUGGUGGCUUCUUCGUUCGGGCUGGGAGCUGGUGCUGGAUGAAUAGGGAAUACGAGAACUUACGACUACUCACCCAUUACCUUUACAUCUUCCUCGGUCUCGGAACCACCUCGAUCCUAUACAUCAUCAUCUUCUUCCACAUCCGUCGCCAAGCUCGCCUGGGAGCAUCAAAUGGAGAAAAUGACGGUGACUCGAUUGAACUACAACUCAAUCGCAACCCGGCCUUCUUGAUCUACCCCGUCAUCUAUGUUUUGUGUACGCUUCCUCUGGCAGCUGGCCGAAUUGCCACAAUGGCUGGUGCCAGCGUACCAAAUGGAUACUUCUGCUUCGCUGGCGCAAUGAUCGCAUCCAACGGCUCGUUCGACUGUCUACUGUUUGGCACGACUCGAAACACCAUCAUCUUCGCCUCACGAUACGACAUCGCUUCGAACGACGUGGGUCUCAAAACAUUUGCAUUCCUCAAAACGCCCACGAACCGAAAGUUCGGAAACUCUAUUUCUAUCCAAGGUGGACGUCAACAUGAGGAGCCCCCCGCUACAGGUGGAUGGUGGACAUGGCCUGCCAAGGGAGCUGGCUCCUCCAACCGAAGUCACAGGGGUAUGACCCGUACCACAAGUCAAGAGUCGCUAAGAGGACCUGCUAUCCAGAUGGACACAGUAACAUCGGUGGUUGUCGAGGUCGAUGAUGGUGUGGAAAGGGAUCCAAGAUACCCUGAUACGAGCACAAGCUCUAAUCCAUCACUUCGAAGCGCGGAUAAAGAUUUUGUGAGGAUUGCGGAGAGGAGUUUAGAUCAACAUAGAUAA